GUACAAACACAAACAAAAGCGGUGUUUUGUUCCAGCAAGUAUCUUACAGAGUUUAAAAAAUAAUCUUCUGCGUUGCUGAAAGCUGUGUUAUUGAAACAAACCACAAACUGAACAUUUUAUAGGCUUUGAAGGCGGUUACUUGCUCGUUUUCUGCGCGGUGAAGGGCGAAUACCGUCACCAGACGCAAUGCGGGUGUCGGGAUGUAAGGAGCAAUGGCGACGGCCGAGCUGGUUUGGAGGCCGAAUUGGAGCCGAAUUUGACCAACGGGGAGCUGCUCAGACUUUUUCACCUUUCUGAAGAUGGAGAGUGCGUCCUCUUCCGCCUUCCAUGUCCCGCCCCCCUCCACCAAGCAGACGCCAACAACGCCCAACCUGGCGGCCAAACAGAGAGACAUACGCAAGGCGCCGUCCUCCGUGACCCCGGGCUUCCUCGCCGACCUGGGCAGAGCCACCCUGCGGGGGAUCCGCAAGUGUCCCCAGUGUGGCGUUUACAACGGCACCCGGGGGCUCAGCUGCAAGAACGCCGUUUGCGGCAUAUCCCUCCGGAACGCCUCGGCGGAGGCCAGGAGGGGCAGGAAGGACGUCGUGGAGGCGGUGAAAGUCAUCAUCGACGGCGAGGAGAAGGACAACCAGGGAGCGCAGGUGUUUUCGGUGUGUCAAAGAGGACGAGGGGGCGCUCAGUUCGGCUUCGUCGAGCUGGUCGCCACCGACGCCGCCAUCGCCACGGGCGACAGAGCCUCCCUGCUGUCCCACAUCAACCUGGGCCGCUGCUUCAUGGCCGCCUGCAAACAGGGUCAAAAGGCGUCGUACGACAGCCCCUGCGUUCACAUCAAGCAAGCCGCCGAGUGCGGCGACCUCGCCACGCCGCUCAGCGUCAAAAGUUCCGUCCUGGAGGCUCUACAGGCCUCCGUUCAAGCCAAGGAGGAGCUCUGGAGGCUGGCCACCGAGUCCCCGGGGCCCCUGGUGCAGCGUGUGUCCAGGGACACCCUGGUGGUGAAAUGCCACCCGGAUCCCCGGCACUCCCACGGCCUGCUGCACCUCACCGUGGCGGCCGGCGGGCGAGCCGAGGCGCAGAAAAGCGACGUGCGACAGCAGGCGGUGUUUCGCUGCGCCUGCCAAGCGGGCGGCAGGAGAGGCAGGGCGGACGGGGCCGAGCCGGCGGGGGGGCCGUCGGAACCCUGCCUGCACUUCUACGCCUGCGUGUGCGCCUUGGCGAGCGACGAGAAGCUGGCCGCAGAGUUUGCAGCUUUUAUCAACUCCUCGUUAAACGGCGUGCUACCAAACUCCACCUGCCGAGUCAUCGUUCCUUGCGAGAGGCCUCCGCUGCACAGCGAAGCAGGGAAAUCUCCACACAAGGCCAAGAAGCUGCGUCAGGAGGAAACCCUUUCUGGUGGAGGUGGUCAGGCCGUGGACGAGCACUCUGUGUCGUUGGGGUUCCACCAGUGGUUGGCCGGCGUCACAGAAAGGAUCCACCAGACGAUGCACUACCAGUUUGACGGUAAACCACAACCUCUGGUGUACCACAUACCUCAACAGUUCUUUAACGCCCUGCAGCAUCGCCUGUCGCUCGGCUCCAAGAGGAGGCUGCCUAACAUCACGACAGUGGUCGUGCGGAACGACACACCCCCUUUGGGCUCGUUCUCCAAGUACACCUGGCACAUCACCAACCUGGCGCAGGUCAAACGUAUCUUCGACACCCCCGAGUUGCAGCUGGAGCUCACUCAGAGUUUUGUCAAGAACGGCGACGGCUCCUACUCGCGCUUUCGUUGUCUGCAACCGCCGCCCGAACUGGACCUGCUGGAGGGACUCGGGCCGGAUCGGCCGCCAGCGAUUCGACCCAGGGAGCUGCAGACCUUCCUCAGAGUCGGGUCCGCCUCGGACGACCCAAAAGACGGCCAUCCGUUCGAGAUCGAGUGGACCCCCGACGUGCUCCCGCUCUGCCACGUGGGCGAGCUGAGGAUCAGCUUCGAGUUCGGCCACCAGCAGAGCGGACACCAGGCCGACUCGUCGGAGUGUUCGAAAAGCAACGUGACUCAAGUCCCCUCCCACGCCAAGUGAGCGUCUACGCGCCCUUUCACAGGACACUUCAUUAGGUACACCGAGGUAAUGUCGCCAAACGAGGUACCGAGCGUUAUGUUUGACGCAGCUCUUGUAUUGGACUCCAUAACAUGUUUUAUUAUAUAUCAUAUUAGGGCUGUCAAAAACACCUUAUUAUUGAAAUGCUAACAACACUGGCACUUAUUUUGCACUUCUGGACCUAAACACGAUGUCUGCUGGUAAAAUUCCCUUUUUUGAAAAAGUAUCAGCCGCGUUUGUAACAAUAUAGAAAUUUCCUAUCACAGUUAUUGUCACCAAAAUGUUUAUUGUGCUCAAUAAGUACUUAAAAACACAAUAAAAUAUAUGAACAAAGUUUAAUUUUCUUUUAAAUAACUAAUAUAAAUAAACACAAUAUAUUUUCACUGCAGAGGACAACAUAAAAUAUUGAUCUGUCUUCAUAAGAGUAAUGUUUGUGUGUGAAAAUAUGUUUGUUCUUUCAUUUUAAUUUGUAAACUUUUUAGAAUGUUUUUUUUUAAUAAAUGCAAAAAAGGAUCACUUCGUUUCACUUCCGGUUUAUGUGGCGUCACGUAAGUUCACUUACAGACCAUAUUUUCUGGACUAUAAGCCGCGAUUUUAUUUUCCAAUGCUUUGAACCCUGCGUCUGAUAAAACGGUGCGGCUAAUUUAUGGAUUUUUCUCCGCAAACGGCCAUAAUGUUUUGUAUUCGAUAAAUACUUUUCAUAUUGCACCUGCAAAGACACGGAAAAGGUUACCGUGUGUGCGACGGCGCCAUCUUUUGAACGAGUUUGCUCAGUGCAGGUGCCGCGGGUUGAAAAAGUACUUCCUGUUUCGUGCCUCGAACCGGAAGUACCGUAUUUUCCGCACCAUAAGGCGCCCUGGGUUAUAAGCCGCGCCUUCAAUGAGCGGCAUAUUUCAAAACUUUGUCCACCUAUAAGACGCCCGUGUUAUAAGCCGCAUCUAACUGCGCUAAAGGAAUGUCAAAAAAACAGUCAGAUAGGUCAGUCAAACUUUAAUAAUAUAUUAAAAACCAGCGUGAUGUGGGCGCGCACGGAGUCGUAUAUCAACAUGGACGGAGCUGCGUGAAAAAAGCCACCCGGCCUCUUCGCGUAAACUUACCUUAACCACUCGCUCAUCUUUUC